CGCGGGGCCGCGACCUCAUUGGAGGAGAGAGGUCCGCCUCACGGCCCGAGGCGGGGCUUCUCGCGCUUAAGAGCUGGCCCGGGCCAGCGCUUGAGUGCGCAGCUUAGUCGUAAGUUGGCUGAAUUUUUUCCGUCACUCGCCGAGGUUCGCUGGGUCAUGGUGCCAGCCUGACUGAGAAGAGGACGCUCCCGGGAGACGAAUGAGGAACCACCUCCUCCUACUGUUCAAGUACAGGGGCCUGGUCCGCAAAGGGAAGAAAAGCAAAAGACGAAAAUGGCUAAAUUCGUGAUCCGCCCAGCCACUGCCGCCGACUGCAGUGACAUACUGCGGCUGAUCAAGGAGCUGGCUAAAUAUGAAUACAUGGAAGAACAAGUAAUCUUAACUGAAAAAGAUCUGCUAGAAGAUGGCUUUGGAGAGCACCCCUUUUACCACUGCCUGGUUGCAGAAGUCCCCAAAGAGCACUGGACUCCGGAAGGACACAGCAUUGUUGGUUUUGCCAUGUACUAUUUUACCUAUGACCCGUGGAUUGGCAAGUUGUUGUAUCUUGAGGACUUCUUCGUGAUGAGUGAUUAUAGAGGCUUUGGCAUAGGAUCAGAAAUUCUGAAGAAUCUAAGCAGGGUUGCAAUGAAGUGUCGCUGCAGCAGCAUGCAUUUCUUGGUAGCAGAAUGGAAUGAACCAUCCAUCAACUUCUACAAAAGAAGAGGUGCUUCUGACCUGUCCAGUGAAGAGGGUUGGAGACUGUUCAAGAUUGACAAGGAGUACUUGCUAAAAAUGGCAACAGAGGAGUGAGGAGUGCUGGUGUAGAUGAUGACAACCUCCAUUCUAUUUUAGAAUAAAUUCCCAGCUUAUCUUGCUUUCUAUGCUGUUAGUAGUGAAAUAAUAGAAUGAGCACCCAUUCCAAAGCUUUAUUACCAGUGGCGUUGUUGCAUGUUUGAAAUGAGGUCUGUUUAAAAUGGCAAUCUCAGAGGCAGUUUGGAGAGUCAGAUAGUUCUUGAAACUCUUGAUGAACAACAAGAUGGUGUGAUCUUAAUAUAUAUGAAAAAAACUUCAUUCUCGUGAGUCAUUUAAAUGUGUACAAUGUACACACUGGUACUUAGAGUUUCUGUUUUGAUUCUUUUUUAAUAAACUACUCUUUGAUUUAA